UGCCAUCGGCUGCAGUCUUGGGACAAGCGCGUCUCACAUAGCACUCUCAAACUACAGAAGACAAACCCUAAUAUCAUGUCAUGCAAUGAUCGUCUUCAGCAUUUUUAUCAGACAUUCAGACUGACAGACACUGACACGAGCUGUUUCUAGAAGAAGUGUAAAUCUGGGAUUUACUGAUGAUCUUGGAUCACAUGUCGGAGAAGAAGGGAGAUAUAACGGCCAUGUAGGCAAAGACACAGAGCUCAGUCAUGGGUUCGGAGGCGGUGGAGGACUGUGUGCAGGGGGCGCUCUCCUCCCUCUAUCCCCCAUUUGAGAGCACUGCACCCCCUCUUCUAUCCCAGGUUUUUUCUGUAUUGGAGUCCACCUAUCAGCAUGACAGUUUAAGGUAUCUGCUGGAUUUCUUCAUCCCGGCCAAACAUCUUCUACACAGACUCCAGCAGCAUGCUUGUUCUCAGUAUUUGGGCUGUUUGUUCCUGCACUCGGGUUGGCCUCUGUGUUUGGGCGAGAAGGUGGUGGUCCAGCUUUCUACUCUUGACUGGAGGCUCUUAAGAAGCAAUGACUUCUACCUGCAAGUGGUGCCAUUCUCCACGCGCUGUCCCCGCCUGGCCCUCAAGUGUCUAGCUUUGGGUGGCCGCAAUGUCCAGGAGGUCCUGGUUCCCGAAUCCCAGCACCCUCUGGUGUUUACAGCAGAGUGGCUGCACUGCAUCAACAAGGAACGUGGUUGCAAGAGAGAAGGUGGAGGUGGUUUAGAUACUUGUCUGGUUAGUACUUCUGAUGGAGUGGUACGUAUUCCGUGGGAUGAGGUUGUUUACCCAAAAUUGCUACACAACCCCACUGACAUGGAGCUUCCUUCCACACAUCCCCCUGCCCUUGACUACCUUUCUCCAAAGACGGGGAGUCUGGGAUGGUGCUCUUCCUCUGGAGAUCCUGACACCUGGUCCUGGGAUGAAGAGGAUGAUCUUCCUCCAGAUGGCGAUGAGGCUGAUAUUGACUCUACGCUGCGCCGCCUCAGACAGGCCAGUGACGGAUGUGGGGAUUAUGUGGAGCUUCUGGAACCUCGAGGAGGUCCGGAUGGUGGCACUGAUUCCAAGCAGCGCUACUUGGAGAUGCAUGGGAUCUGCAAGACCAAAACUUUGCCGCUGUGCAGGCGAAGCAAGGCAAUUCGAAUUCGGCGGGGUAAGGCCUGGGGGUACGCGAAGACCGAGAUUAGUGGAAGGACAGGGAGCUUACGUAGGAGGGACAGCAACAGCAGCGGGAAGAAUAGUGGAGGUGCUCGCAAGGAUUCGGUCAACUCUAGACCCCCACCUCGAGUCAUUGAUUUGGUCCGAGACAGACAGCUAUCCCCUCAGUGCAUUCAGGACUCAGAUGAAGGUGGUGGAGAUGCAGUAGUCUUGGAUAACCGGGACCUUUAUUUAGAGGGUCCAUCCAAGGAGAGAAGACCUGGAGUGGGUGAGGAGAGGAAGGGAGCUGGAAGCACGCUACCCUGGGAAGAGCGCCAUAGAGGAAGGGCCAGCAGUAGUGAGCUGAGCUCUAGAAGUAAAUAUAUCAAUGAAAUAGACACUCAUACUACAGGAACUAUAGGGGCGGACCAAUCAGAUCAGGAUCAAGGAUUCCACUCAGACUGUGUUUUUGAAGAUGAUAAGUCAUUGGCUGAAGGUGAAACACUGGCUAAUGCAACAGCAGGUGUAAAUAGUGUGUCUGAUUUUAGCAGACAUUUGGCUAACAGAUCGAAAGCAAAGCUUAACACACAACCAGAUUCAUCUCAAAACAGGGAGUUAAACUCCUCCCACAAUGAUCAAAACACAACCAAAAACUCAGGAAACUCCAAAGGACAAAAAGGAAAAUGUAACGAACAUAGGAAACCAGAAAAAAAUCUCUCUCAGUCGGGUACUGACAACAUUGCUGGUGAAAGGCAAGUUGGGAAAUUGGAGGAACGUGUGUGCCCCAAGGGAAAGGAUGUCAAAGUGGGAGGAUUUCGAGCACCCAGGAGAAGGAGGAAAGCUAAAGGGGGAAAAGGGAAGGGCAAAUCUGGUGGCCGUGGCAAUCCUAAAAACAAGGAAGACCCCAGUUCAUCAAAGGGUCAGAAGAAAGCAAGCCAAAUAGCUGAAACAUCUGAUUCACCGGCUAAAUCACCUCUCUUCAAAGAUAGCCAUUCAGAUGAGGGUAAAAAUACAGUAAAGAAGCUAGCGAAUGGUCAUGAAGCAGAGCCUAAAUCUGCUGAUGGGACUGGAGAAAAACAAACAGAAGGCCAACCAGAAAUCUUCCCAGAUGCUAAGACUCAAUCAGGCGCAGCUUUACCUGAUAAUUCACCAGAAGAGACAGUACCAUCAGCACCUUCUGACCACUCAAAGGCACCAUCUCCAAAAGCCCCUCCUCUGCUUAGAGAUUUGAAUGAAGAGCUGCUCCAGUCAGGAAAGUUCAUACUCACAGGUACUGUGGAUAGACUCGGACGUGGGUUAGUUAUUACAGAAACGCACGUUCCUGAGGAGGGUCAUUGUCUCAAUGACAUUGUGCAGCUGUUAUCCUGUUAUUAUACCAUUACCAGACCUGCAGCCAGAGAAAAGGGCUUAACAGUGCUGGUGGACAGUAGGAAGGCUUCUCCUUCUGAGCUUUGCUUCUCUGCCUUGAGGUCAUUCAAGGCUCAGGAACCAGCAGGCCUUGGCUGUGUUCUCAUUCUUACAGAGGAAGAGCAAGAAUCAGCCCCAUAUAACCUGGAUGGGAUAGAGGUACACACAGUAAAAGGAACUGGAGUCCUUCAGCAGUAUGUGGAUAGACAGCAGCUGACUAAAGAAUUGGAUGGAGACUUUGAGCACUCACAUAAUGACUGGUUAUCCUUCAGACUGAGCCUGGAACAGUUGACUGAACGCUGUGAGAGUGUCCUCUCUCUAUUGGAAGAUGCACUAAAAUCUAUGGGCACAGAACCACUGCCUGACUGUGUUAAGUCUGUACCACUAAGUGUUGAAAAGCACAAGCAGCUGAUGACUGGUGUUCUGUCUGACCAACGGUUGACAGAGCUACAAAGACGGGGUGGGGCUUGGCUGGCUGGACUGGCUAAUGGAACGUCCAGAUUGGCUCACAGGUCACCAGACUGCAGAGCUGCCUUAGCUGCAACCUCCAGUCUCUAUGACAGUGUUGAUGAUUCACUCCAUCGACUGGUGCGUGUUUCUAAUCAGAGAAGUCAUGACCUGGAAGCACUCAGUAGACUGGUAGCUCUAGUGCACAAACUGGAUAAGUGCGAGAAAGAAAUAGAUCGUGUGCAUGAGCAACUGGAAGAAUAUAAGGAUCCUCCUCUCUCACUAAGCCGCCUCUCACUCAAACAGCAGAAGUUCAAAAGCUUCAGGGAAUCUGCCAUGGAACUUCACAGUGAGACACUAGUGGUGCUGGGAGAGGUAGAGAGCUGGUCUGAGCUGGAAUGGGGAGGCCUGACGGCGGUCCUUAAGCGACUUCCAUCAAUCAGAGAGAAAGUGAGAGGAAUGUCUCACUGCCUGUCUGACUGCUGGACCCAACUGGACAACACGCAGAGACUACUGUCCACGCUUACUGAGGCCUCCCAGUGGUGCGAUGUGGUCUCUUCUUCCUCUCCCCACUCCCAGCCUUCCUCUCCUCUGUCCUCUCUCCCUCCCAUCCCUCCAUCCCGUUUCCAAGACGCACGAGCUUUGGCCAUUGAACUUGGUGGCGGUGCUCUGUUGGACCUGUGGGCCCAGACCCUGGAGCGUUACCAACGCACACUAGCACAUUUCAAGACCCGCAUGCUCCAGGCUGAGCGUGGCAUGCCCACCACCCAGGGUCAGGAUACCAGUGUGGCCAUGGCACAGGUGCCAAAAACACCUGGCUCCAGUACCUCUAGUUUGUGGGAGAUAGAGGGAGAAGGAGAUGGAGAGUGGUGUGGAGGGGGAGGGGAAGGAGGACUGCAGUCUUGGGGCUCACUGGCCUCACUGUUCCGUCCACAGAACUGCUCUACGCUGAAGAUAGGAGAAGAGAAGAAGAAAGAGGGAGCUGCAGGGGCUGCAGGGGGAGGGAAGUUCCUGCAGAACUUGCUAAACCCAAGCAAGAAAAGUCCCACUGAAGCUCCCCUCCCUCCAAAACCACCUCGAAGACGUCACCCAAGCUUUGACCUCCAAGCCCUGCUGGCGCCCCGUCGUUCCGCUGCAGCUGCACCAAAGCCAGCAGAGGCUCCACUAGGCGUAAGCAGCCGCUCAUCUCCCCUGUCCUGGCUGGGGAGGAAAGCCGUAGCUGAGCCUAUCCUCACGGCAGGGAUUGCGACAGCUGUACCAGGAUGGAGGGAUGAGAAAGUUGGAGGAGGGGUAGGAGGAGGGGGUGUGUUGAUCCGAGGUGUGGAGGUCAGCAGUAAGGAGGUAGCAGAUCAUACGGGGCUCACCAGACAGCAUGUGCUGCUCGGCCGGACCGAUAGGGAGACAGGAGUGGAGAGGCCUGGCACUACUGCGCAGAGUAAGUUGUAUCUGCAGUGGUGCAGGCUGGUCAAUUCGGAAAGGCAGUAUGUAGCUCUACUGAAGUCUGUGGAGGAGACUUAUCUCCCUCUGCUGGACAGUACUGAUACACCACUGUCUCUGAGAGGAAAGGCUGACUCAAUCUUCUCCAACUGGAGCAGCCUUGCCACUUUUCAUUCACAGCUACUCCUCCCCGCCAUUGAGGGUGCCCUCUCUCAAACGCUACAGCAAACGGACUGCUUCAGCAAAUAUAGGGAUCAAUUACUGCAAUACUCCCACUACAUCCGUAUGAAGCCAGAGCUGGACUCCCUGCUGGUCAGCCAAGCUGCCGACUUCUUCAAGGCAAAGCUGUCUAGCUCUCCUGUGCUCUCCACUAUCUCCUUUCCUCAGUGCCUUGCUGCUCCAAUUCAAAGGCUACAGCAUUACUGCGAGAUCCUCGAGGAACUGGGAGGGGUAAACCCUGGACCCGACUCUGCUCUCUCCAUUAUCAGACAUGCACAGCGCCAUGGAGAGGACCUGAGGAUAAGCGACCUCAUCACUGGCUGUCCGGUACCUGUGGCAGAACGUGGGGAUUUGGUACGUCAGGGCGAGCUAUACGUCUGUCCAGGCGGACGGAGAAAGAAGACGGGCAUCAGGACUGUGUUCCUCUACCAGCAUUACAUUAUACUCACCAAACACAAAACUCCUAGCCAAGGCUGUAGUGUAUACACCUUUAAAAACAGCAUAAAGACAGGAGAGAUGGGUUUGACGCAAAGUGUUGGAGAGGAGGGUCUGAGGUUUGAGGUUUGGGUGAGACAGGCAUCUCGCACCAAAUACUGUCUCACUCUUCAGGCCUCAUCUUCAGAGGACAGAGAAGCCUGGACACAUGACGUUGCUCAGCUCCUGUGGACGCAUGCCAUCCACAACACAGAAUUGUGUCUAAAGGAAUCUCUGUGCAUGGGAGUGUCCAGCAAGUUGCUGCUGGAUGUGACGGGAGCUCAGACAUCAGAGCUAGACUCAAGUUUCAGCCUUAAUGACAGGGUUCAGAGUAGCUGUUCAGACUCUUCCUCAGUAGGAAGUCAGAAAGAAGGAGGUUCUCCCUCCAUUGCACGAGAACCAAAGAAAGACUCCACACAAACUGGCCAUACCCAAAGCUCAUCACCAUCGACCUCCGUUUGAAUAUCAUCUGAACCACAAAUAGUCUUAACUCUUCAGUGGAAAUUCGCUGGAUUAAAAAUUCAACUGGACAAAUGUGUAACUAACAGACUGGAAGAUGACUCAGCAACAUUAUGGCAUGAUACGGUAUAUACUGAAGUUUUGUAAGCCAUGCUACAUUUCACAGGGCCAUCCUGGCUCUGUCUCUCGCAGUUGCUCUGUAUGCAACUAAUCGCCAGGUACUGGAGCGUGUAGCAGGGUAAUGUGUUUCAGGCUUUCAUGCACUGCUGCCUCCAACUGAUUUGCUGCUUGCCAAGAACGACUUCAAUAUUAUACCAUAAGUUACUGUGUAUUUUUGCCUUUCUUGCUCUCUCAAUACUUGCUUCAUGUCUUCCAUUUUAACCAAAGAAUGUUAUAAAUUAUAACCCUUAUGUAUAGGCCUAAUGUUACCCUGUUAUAUGUAAAUUUGAUGUUACAUGUCGAUUGCGUAUUAUUAAUAUUUUUCAGAGACAACAGCAAUAUUGGUACAAGCUCAAAGGUAAUACAAAUCCCAGUUCGCAGCCUGUAAAUUUUAAAAACAAUUUACGGAUAGCAUUUUCCAAUCACUUUUUCUGUAGCCAUGUGCCAUAGCAACAAAGGAAAGUGUUUCACACCAAAUACUGUUGAGCAAAGCCCUAUUUGCUCUGUAGAAAAAUCAAUCGAUUGUCAUUGCAGCCACUGAAUAACUGCCAUUUUCACUGAAUAAUAUUCACUUUCUUCCUCUAAUGUGUAUCCUGUUAUGUAUGUAAGUCUUAUUUCAAGGGAACAAUAAUUGAGCCGCGUUUGAAUGGCGCAUAAGGUUAUGGUGUCAAUUCCUAUGCAACUUUUCCUUCCAUUAACUAAUAAAAACCACAAUUAAAAACAAAUUAACAGCGCAUAACGACAGUGAUCUAGGACCAUGGUUCUCAAAGUGUGGUCUGUGAAGCAUAUCCAAGGCGUCAAUUAUUUAUUUAUUUUUUUAUUUUGAUACAGUGGGGGAAAUAACAAUCUAGCCUUAUCAUUAUUGCAUUCCUAUUGUUAUUAGCUUCUUUGACUGGUUGCUUGAAUUGAAUGAGGUAAAUCCAAACCUCAUUAACUCAUUAACAAAAAGUCGGCCUAUAAAUAACGCCAAAUUGGACAGAAUGUGUUCUGUCCAUAGAAAUUUCAGGAAUAAAUCUCUAUGGCUCUAAUAAAUAGCCAGAAUAUCACGGUACACAUUUAAAUAAUUAACCUAAUAUUGGUAUAGUUGGAUUACAUUCAGAGGGCGUCUAUAGAAUUUAUUUAACAUUUAAAGGUGUCCCUGACUGCAAAAGGAUUGAGAACCCCUGAUUUAGGGUACUUUAGUGCAAGUGACAUGACUGUGAAUGGAUGUGGAGUUACGUCUACUGACUUUCAUCCUGCGCUAUAUAAUUCUGAUCAAAACAAAGAUGAACUUUUUUUUUUUUUAAUUUCUUCUCAUAAUCUUCCAGAGAUGCAAAAAGGCUCUUAAAUGAAUCCUAGGGUGCUUUUUUUUUUUUAACCUCAACCCAAAGCCUAAAUCAAAUUUUGCCCAAUAGGUGGUGUUAAUGAGCAACUGCAGCAUGGAAACAAUGUGUCUCUUAUUUUUUUAAGGCCAAAAGGCUAUUUGUAGGACAGUGAAUAGCUGCUCAUUUGUGGUGAUGCUAUGCACAUUUUGGAUCAAUAGCACUUUUAAUCUUUUCAUUAACAGGCAAAAACUGCAGGAACCAUUCACAUAUUCCACUGAACAACAUGAUAUAAAUGUUGACAAAAUUGCCACGUUGGCCUUUUUUUCCCCAGUACUUCAAAUAAAGGAGUGUGCUGGAGUUGAAUAAACUCUCGAGAGCUGAACAGAUUUCUCCAAACAGCUCUGAUUGUUAUUGUUACUAGUUCCAUAUUUAGCGCCAUAUGAAUUCGCAUAGCUCCCAUAUGAAUUUACAUACCCACCACCUCUCACUCAGUUUCUCCCACUGUGUGAAAAGAGUCGAUUUUUCCUUUGUCUGUUUAUGAGAUGCAUUAUGAUCCAGCUGGCUUUGAUUGUCAUGGCAGCUCCACCAGCCAAAUCCAAAGAUUGCUUGCAUAAGAGGAAAUGCUACGAGUUUCUGCUUUAAUCUUUGAGUUAUGUAAUUGGUGCACCCCACCCUCCUAUAUUCUAUUAUAUUCUACUCGAACUUACACAGUCUUAAUCUUGUAUAGUCACUGGAUUCCAGGACUCUCUAUAAAGAGUUUGAAUCUCGCUUUGUUAGAGCUGACAUUAACCAAGAACUCAUAAUCCAUUUUGGAACAGUCGAGCUCCAAAAAAAAAAAACCCUUGAUCUAGAGAAUUAUUAAGUUGUUUUAUAUAAGAGGUGGUAUGAGUGUGUAUGUGAGCUACAUGAGGAAUGAAGCUAAACCCACAGCCAGACUUAAUCCAAAUAUACUUUGCACAGUGGGAAAUGUGUUCAAUUCAGCGCUUUUAAGGCAGGUCUCUUCAUAACUAUAAAUACCUUGGCAUGAUUCAUCCUUCUCACUGUAAAUACAAGCCUUAACCAAAGAAACAAGGUGCCUUUUGUAAGCUUCUCAGUGUAACUCUUAUUAUAUUGAUGUUUAAAAUUUUUUUGGUAAUGCAAAACCUCUUAUUAGUUUUAAUGAUUUAAUAAUUGCAUGCUAUGUUGCAGUGUAUUUGCAUUUGAUCAGUGUGAUUUUUUUUUCUUUAAGAAUUAAAACUGGACAUGAACAAGA